AUGACGGCCUCAUCAACAACGCCAAUGCCCGAGGCAGAAAGAGCAAAGACCCUCUUGGUGGAGCUCCUGGCGAUCGAGACCCAGGACGAAAUCCUAAAGCUCGGAGAUGCCGAGCGGGUGGUCGAGAUCGGGCCUGGAAAGGUUCUGGCGACCAUGACCGAGCGGACUUGGAAGAAGGAGCUGUCGCAGAAAGACAUGCUGAGCUCGACACAAAGGACCUUCCUGUCGAUAAGCGAUGACGCAGACAAGAUAUACUACGAGUACGAAGGGGAAGUGGCGCCGCAGGAGCCACAGCAGGCGCCCGCAGCAGUCCAGCAGCCUCAAGCACCGUCCCAGCCACAGAGCGCAUCAGUGGCAGCGCCAGCGGCAGCGCCAGUGGCAGCGCCAGCGGCAGUAGAAGACGAGUCUCUGAGCCCUCUGGACAUCAUCACCUCCAUCAUCGCCCAGAAGCUCAAGAAGCCGUUCGACCAGAUCCCCACCGACAAGUCCAUACGAGACCUCUGCGCAGGCAAAUCGACGCUCCAGAACGAGCUCGUCGGCGACUUCAGCGCCGAGUUCGGCUCGCUCCCCGACGCUCCCGAAGACCUGCCUCUGCCCGCCCUCGCGGCCGCGCUCGAAGGCGCCUUCACGGGCAACCCGGGCAAGGUGAUGCUCUCGCUGAUCCAGCGGCUCGUGGCAGCCAAGAUGCCGGCGGGGCUCAACAUCCCGGCCAUGAAGCAGCGGCUCGAGCAGGCGUGGGGGCUGCCCGCGGGCCGGCAGCGCAGCGUCAUCUGCUUCGCCGUCACGCUCGAGCCGCCGCAGCGCCUGGCGUCGGCCGACGCGGGCGCAGAGUUCCUCGACGGCGUGGCCAAGCGGUACGCAGCGGCAGCAGGCAUCACGCUGGCACCUGGCGGUGGUGCGGGCGGCGAGCAGCAGCAGCAGGCGGCCGCCAGCAUCGACCCGGCGGCGCUGAAGGCGCUGACGGAGAAGCAGGAGCGGUUCCUGCGCAAGCAGCACGAGCUGCUCGCCAAACAACUGGACCUGGAAGGCGGCGGCGGGGUGCCCUCACGACAGCUGCGCGAGCUGCAGGCAGCGCAGGACGAGCUGGCGGGGCAGCUGCAGCGGUGGAGCGACGAGUUCGGGCACGACGGCGACGACAGCUUCCUCGCGGGCACGCAGCCGACGUUUGACGCGGCCAAGGCGCGUCUCUACGACAGCGCGUGGAACUGGGCGCGCGAGGACCUGCUGGCGCUGCUGCUGGGCAAGCGGCCGCUGCCCGACGAGGCGGCGCUGCAGCACCUGCUGAACCGCUGGGACGCGUCGUGUGCGGCCGUGGCGGCGCGUUUCGCAUCGCAGGUCGAUGAUGUGGCUCCGGAUGAGCCGUCGGUGGCGCUGGCGGAGACGCUGUUGCGCCGUGCCCCCGGUACCCGCACGCUGCGGCCUGUGUUCCGGUACCUGCAUGGCGCACCCACUGGCCCAAGGACGGCGGCGGCAGGCAGGUACGAGGAAGUGCCACGGCUGCUGCCUGACGGCCGGGCGGUAGGCAGCUAUGUCGAGUUCCUGCAGCUGUUGCCGAAGGGAGAGCGGUUGCGGCUGCGCACGAAAGACGCGUCGUCUGGGGCGUGGACGGACAACGACGAGGCCACCGCGCGGUUGCUUGGCGCCCUGGAGGCGGGCAGCGGGGCGGGCCUUUGCUUCGCCGGCAAGACGGCGCUGGUGACGGGGGCGGGGGCGGGGUCCAUCGCGGCCGAGGUGGUGCGCGGGCUGCUGGCGGGCGGGGCGCGCGUUAUCGUGACGACCAGCCGCACGCUGGCUGCUGUCGCUGCUUUCUACAACGGCCUGUAUCGCGAGCACGGCGCUGCGGGUGCCGAGCUGGUGGUGCUGCCGUUCAACCAGGGCAGCGUGCAGGACUGCGAGGCCCUGGUGCGCCACGUCUACGCCACGUACGGCGACGUCGACUUCGUGCUGCCCUUCGCUGCGGUGCCUGAGCCCGGGCGUGAGGUGGACGCCAUCGACGCACGCUCCGAGCUCGCGCUGCGCAUCAUGCUGGUCAACGUGGUGCGUCUGCUUGGCUACAUCAAACGCGAGAAGGAGCAGCGCGGGUUCGACACGCAGCCUACCCAGGUCGUGCUGCCGCUGUCGCCCAACCACGGCGCCUUUGGCGGCGACGGCCUGUACUCGGCAUCCAAGGCUGGGCUCGAGACGCUGCUGCACCGCGUCGAGAGCGAGAACUGGGCGGCCUACCUCUCCGUGUGCGGUGCCGUCAUCGGCUGGACCCGCGGCACCGGCUUGAUGAGCGCCAACAAUGUCGUCGCCGAGGCCGUCGAGCGCCAGGGCUGCGUCACCUUCUCGCAGCAGGAGAUGGCCUUCAACAUCCUCGCCCUGAUGGCCCCGUCCGUGGUCGAGCUGUGCGAGCAGGAGCCGGUGUGGGCCGAUCUCGGUGGCGGCCUGGGCGCCGUGCCGGGGUUGAAGGGCGUCCUCGCGGCUGCCAGGGCGAAGCAGGCGCAAGAGAGCGCCAUCGCCAACGCUCUUGGUGUGGAGCGCGAGCUGCACGACAAGGCGCUCGGCAGGAACCCGGAGAAACCGCUGCCCGCUCCGCCGACGCCCCGCGCAACCAUCCGCUUCAACCACCCACCCCUCCAUCCCUCCCACGCCGACCUGGUGGCCGGCCUGCCCAACCUCGCCGAUGCCGUCGACCUCAGCCACACCGUCGUCGUCGUGGGCUUCUCGGAGCUCGGCCCCUGGGGCAGCGCCCGCACGCGGUGGGAAGUGGAAGAGCAAGGGAAGCUGUCGUGGGCAGGCUACGUCGAGAUGGCCUGGAUCAUGGGGCUGGUCCGCUUCUUCGACGGCGAACUGAAGGGGAAGCCGUACGUCGGCUGGGUCGACGCCAAAACGAACGAGCCCGUCCACGACGCCGACUUCGAGGCGCGGUACGGCGGCCACAUUAACGCCCACGCCGGCAUCCGCACCGUCGAGCCCGCCGAGCUCGACGGCUACGACCCCACCCGCAAGGAACUGCUGCAGGAGGUGGUCGUCGAGGAGCCGCUGCCGCCGUUCGAGACGUCCAAGGAGAACGCCGAGGCCUUCCUGCUCAAGCACGGCGACAAGGUCGACGUCCACCGCGUCUCGCCCGACGCCGACGAAUGGAUCGUGCACGUGCGGCCGGGCGCGCGCUUCCUCGUCCCCAAGGCCAUCUCGUCUGGCGCGCAGACGGCCGGACAGCUGCCGUCGGGCUGGGACGCACGCCGCUACGGCAUCCCGGACGACAUCGCGGCACGGACGGACCCGGUGGCGCUGUACGCGCUGUGCUGCGUCAACGAGGCGCUGCUAUCGGCCGGCAUCGUCGACCCCUACGAGCUGUGGCAGCACAUGCACGUGUCAGAGCUGGCCAACUGCGUGGGCUCGGGCUGCGGCAACCUGGCCGCCCUGCGUGGCGUCUUCCGCGAGCGCUACCUCGACCGCGCCGAGAAGAACGACAUGCUGCCCGACGCCUUCCACAACGCACUGGACGCCUGGGCCAACAUGCUGCUGCUGUCGUCGGCCGGCCCCAUCCGCACCCCCGCCGGCGCCUGCGCCACAUCCGUCGAGAGCCUGGACAUCGCGUGCGAGGCCCUGCGCGCCGGCACCGCCAAGAUGGCCAUCGUCGGCGCCUCGGACGACUUUGGCGAGGAGUUUUCCUUCGAGUUUGGCAGCAUGCGCGCGACUGCAGACGCGGUAGCCGAAGAGGCCAGGGGCAGGCUGCCGCGCGAGACGUCUCGUCCCACGGCGUCGAGCAGGGCGGGCUUCGUCUACUCGGCGGGCUGCGGUAUCCAGGUGCUCACCACGGCCGACAUGGCGCUGCGCAUGGGGCUGCCCAUCCACGCCAUCGUCGCCCACACGCAGAUGGCGGCCGACAAGAUCGGGCGGAGCGUGCCCGCCCCCGGCAAGGGCGUGCUGACGGCGGCGCGCGAGGAUUCUUCCGUGGUCGACAGCAGCCCGCUGCUCGACCUCGAGAGCCGGCGGCGGCAGCUGCGGGCGGACGUGGCGCAGGUCAGGCGCUGGCGGAAGGCACAGCUCGCGGGAGCCAGGUCCAAGUCCAAGACGCGGGCGGUCGAGGCGGCGGCGGCGGCCAAGACGCGGGCGGCGCAGCGGCUGUGGAUGGAUGCGGCGGGGCUGCGGGCCAUGGAGCCUGGGCUGUCGCCGCUGCGGGCAGCACUGGCGGCGUGGGGGCUCACGAUCGACGACAUCGCCGUGGCCUCAUUCCACGGCACGUCGACGGCGGCCAACGACAAGAACGAGAGCAGCGUCAUCGACGCGCAGAUGGCGCACCUGGGCCGGCGCCCGGGCAACCCGCUGCUCGUCGUGUGCCAGAAGAGCGUGACGGGCCACCCGCAGGGCGCGGCCGGGGCGGUGAUGCUCAACGGCUGCCUGCAGGCCGUGGCCACGGGCGUCGUGCCCGGCAACCGCAACGCCGACAACGUCGACGCCGUGCUGCGCCAGUUCGCCCACCUCGCCUACCCCUCGCGCAGCAUCCGCGUCGCCGACGGCAUCAAGGCCUUCAUGCUGACGAGCUUCGGCUUCGGCCAGAAGGGCGGCAUCGUGCUGGGUGUGGCGCCGCAGUACGUCUUCGCCGCGUGCAGCGCCAAAACCUACGCCUCCUACCGCGCCCGCGCCCUGCGCCGCUGCGCCGUCGCCAACGCCCGCCUCGUCGACGGCCUGAUCGAGAACGACCUGUUCCGGGCCAAGGCGGCGGCGCCGUGGACGCCCGAGGACGAGCUCGCCGUCCUGCUCGACCCCAACGCCCGCGUGCACCCCAGCGGCCCCGACGGCACCCUCGUCUUCGACCCCGCCAACCUCCACCCUGCCGUCGUCGCCGCUACUGGCAGCGACACCGACUCGGACACGGCGUCGACCGCGAGCCCGGUCCAGCUCGACAGCGGCUACGACAGCGGCCACGAAGUCGACGCCGCCUCGCGCCGCAUGCUGGGCCAGCUCGACAUGCUGCCCGCCGGCCCCCACACCCACACCACUGUCGGCGUCGACGUCGAGAACGUGGCCAACGUCAAUGCCGAAAACGCUGGCUUCCUCGCCCGCAACUUCACCGACGCCGAGCUCGAGUACUGCAAGGCCGCGCCCGACCCGCACGCCUCGCUGGCCGGCCGCUGGGCCGCCAAGGAGGCCGUCUUCAAGAGCUUGAACGUGCCGUCCAGGGGCGCCGCCGCCCCCAUGCGCGACAUUGAGAUUGUGAGCGGCGGUGGCGGGGUGCCCGCCGUCAAGCUUGACCCGAACCUGCACGGGAUGGCUGGGGUGGACUCCGACAAGAUCGAUCCGUUGCUGGAGGAACGCAUUUCCAAUGGCGUUACCAUUUACGGUCCGCCAGAAGUCAGGAAACGCCUUGCAGAGGUCGUGCUCCGCUAUCCCGAGAUGUGGAAGGCCAGCCCUUCUUUUGCCAAGGUUCCCCCAGAGCAAGAGAUGAACAUCCCGUUGAAGCCAGGAUGGGAAAAGGAAACCAAGCUCGCGACUAAAGUCUAUCCACUCUCGGCCAGAGAUCGUGCGGUCGUCGACGACACGUUCGACAAAUUGCAUGACCAGGGCAAGCUCGCCUGGACGAAGACCCAUACGGUUUUCGGAUACCCAGUCUUUGUCGUAUGGAAGAGAAUCAUUAAAUUCUACGUUUAA